CUGACGCAUAGCGCUCCGAGCCGCCCGGUACUUUUUUCCUGGACCCGAACCAUGGACCUAUUCGAGCUGGACUUCUUCAGGGAGUGGGAGCUGGAGCAGCAAUGCCAUUACGAGCAGGACCGCUCGGUGCUUAAGAAGAAGGAGUGGGAGCGCCGCACACAGGAAGUUCAGCAGGACGAGGAUUUGUUCUCCACCGGAUUCAAUCUGUUUGGGGAGCCGUACAAGACGAACAAAGGUGAUGCCCUCGCCAACCGAGUCCAGAACACAUUGGGCAGCUACGACGAGAUGAAGGAGCUGCUGACCAACCAUACCAACCAGAGCCACCUGGUUGGCAUCCCUAAGAACUCGGUCCCUCAGACCCCUGUGGAAAAGAGCGAUCAGCCAAGCAUCUUUUUCACGGAGGCUCAGCGCGGCAGGGCCACCUCGUCCCAGCCCGGGAAUCAUGCCACUUCCAUGCCCCCUCCGGCUACCGCCGCCCUGGCGGGGCCAAGCGUCCUCCACGGGCACCAGAGCACCAAAAAGUCUCGCUCUUCAGACUGGGCCAGAGGAACAGGCGGCACUCAGACCUCGAACCGAGGGAAGCAGAGCUCCGGCGGGCAUGAACCCGACCUGGGCGAGUCGAGUCCCGGCACCUCCACACACUCCAGCAGAAGGCACGGGCAGCAGGUCAAGAUGGUAACGGCUGCCAGCUCGCCCUGCGAACAGGAAUCGGGGUCGCCCGUGGCCUCCACGUCUCUGGUGCCCGGUGGUCUGUCGACGCCAACCUUCCCUCAGGGUCUGCACUGCAAGUCGGGCAGCGGCGGGCAACAGAAACCGACGGCGUACGUCCGGCCCAUGGACGGCCAGGACCAAGCGCCCAUCGACUCGCCGGAGCUCAAACCCCCUGUGGAGAUCGCAGAUGGGUACGGUGGCAUGGCGUUCACGAGCCUGAUGGAUGGUAAAGCCAACACGGCGGUGGGCAAGGGCAAGCUUCCGAAACUGACCCUACCACAGACUGGUGAGGUCAGCCUGCCCAGCGACUCCAGCUGUGUGGAGGAGAUUCUCCGGGAAAUGACCCACUCAUGGCCUCCGCCGCUCACCGCCAUUCACACCCCCAGCAAAGCAGAACAAACCAAGUUCCCCCUCCCUGCCAAGGACUCCCAACAUGUAACCCCGGUCUACACUGCACAAAAGCGCUGCAGCGUUCCCGGGAACAAACCCCCGACGAAGCCGGCACCGCAGAAGUCGAUGGUGGAGGACGACCUGAAGAUCAGCAGCGACGAAGACGACAGCGAACAGGUUGCCGAGAAACCUAAGACCAGGAACGCGCCUCCCAAGUAA